CGCCCCUCCGCCUCUCCAUAAUGCCACUGUGCGCUCGGUAGGUCUCGUGACUUGUGCUUGUUCCUUCAACAUGCUCACCUGUCUGAAGUUUGUUGUGCUGCUGCUGUUGCUGUCCUCUCGAUCCUGUGACGGGCUUCAGUUCAACGACAUCGACGAAGAGGUAGAGCUUGUGGCCCAGUCCUCCAGAUACGGCUCCCUGUGGCCUCUGCCGCAGAAAGUGCAGCUCUCAGAUGUUUCAUUCAAGUUGACCACCUCCAGCUUCAGAAUAGUUGACGCCAAAGAGUCAUCCGCCGGGCCGAGCUGCAGCCUUUUGCAGAAUGCCUACAGGAGGUAUUAUGAUUACAUCUUUGAAAAUGCUAAAAAGUCCUGGCAGGCUAAAGGUAAGCGCACUGGCCCAUCGGAGCUGGGAGAGCUGCAGGUGUGGAUCACAUCAGCUGACUCUGAAUGUGACGGAUACCCCAGUGUGACCUCCGACGAGUCAUAUGAACUGACUGUGAAUCAGCCGUUUGCGGUCCUGAAAGCACCAAAGGUCUGGGGAGCGCUGCAUGGCCUGGAAACGUUCAGCCAGUUGGUCUAUAAAGAUGAAUUUGGAACUAAAAACAUUAAUCAAACAACAAUCAGCGACUUCCCCAGAUUUGCUCACAGAGGCAUUUUACUGGACAGCUCUCGCCACUUUUUGCCCAUCAAAGUCAUCUUGGCUAAUCUGGAAACAAUGGCGAUGAAUAAAUUCAAUGUCUUCCACUGGCAUAUUGUGGAUGACCAGUCCUUCCCCUACCUGAGCCGAACAUUUCCUCAGCUGAGCCAGAAGGGGGCUUAUCACCCAUACACACAUGUGUACACCCCCGCUGAUGUGAAGAUGGUUAUUGAGUUUGCCCGUUUGAGGGGGAUUCGCGUCGUCCCAGAGUACGACACUCCAGGACAUACACAGUCAUGGGGCAAAGGCCAGGCCGAUCUGCUCACGCCCUGUUACGCCGGCUCCAAACCCUCUGGUGCCUUUGGGCCUGUCAACCCCAUUCUGAAUACCACGUACGACUUCAUGACCCAGUUCUUCAAGGAGAUCAGCACCGUGUUCCCUGACGCCUACAUCCACCUGGGCGGAGAUGAGGUGGACUUUACUUGCUGGAAGUCCAACCCAGACAUCCAGAAGUUCAUGGAGCAGCAAGGCUUCGGACAAGACUACAGCAAACUGGAAUCCUUCUACAUCCAGAAACUCUUGAAUAUUGUCUCCACUACCAAUAAGGGCUACAUGAUCUGGCAGGAGGUCUUUGACAAUGGUGUGAAGCUGAAACCAGACACAGUUAUCCACGUCUGGAAAGGAAACGCCCAGCAAUACAAGAAUGAGAUGGCAAAUGUUACAUCGUCAGGGUACCAGACCCUGCUCUCCACUCCCUGGUACCUGAACCGUAUCUCCUACGGCCAGGACUGGCAGGGCUUUUACAAGGCCGAUCCACAGGAUUUCAAGGGAACUGAGGAGCAGAAGAAGCUUGUGAUCGGUGGAGAGGCCUGUUUAUGGGGCGAGUAUGUGGAUGCUACCAACCUGACACCCAGACUCUGGCCUCGUGCCAGUGCUGUGGCAGAGCGCUUGUGGAGUGCCAAGGAUGUGACGGAUAUCAGUGACGCCUUCAACAGACUGUCUGCACACCGCUGCCGUAUGGUGGAGCGAGACAUCCCAGCUGAGCCGCUGUUUUCCAGCUACUGUCCUCAUGAAUACAAAGGUGUCUAAAAAAAAAAAACCCACACACACACAACUGCAACGCUGGAAGAGGAAGCAGCAGCACAAAAAGGGAAGCAAACACAUCUCCAUGCAUGUACUUCAACCUGAGUUCUAAACUGCCUUCAUAGAGAUUUUAACUCAUCAUUCUUACAUCAUCUGCAGUAGACGUACCAAUCACAUUUUACUGUUUUGAAUUUAUGAAUGCACUGCUUUUUUUAAUGGAUGUUUGUAUCUGAUUGUGAAUAAAAUUGUUGAGAUUUGA